CGGAAGUCAGGUAACAGCAGGCAGCCUGGCAGCCGCUCUCAUACCUGCCAGCACCAGCAUCCAGAGCCCCACGUUGACUCAGCGACCAGCCACCAACAUGCAGGGUGAUGAGAGCCUUCAGAUCUUUGUGGGACCAGAAGGGGACUGCUUGCCACUGAUGGAAAGGGGAACUUGUAAGCUUGAGGACUCUCAUCAAUGGGACUGUGUCCUGGUGGCUGAUCUCCAGACCCAGAAAUUCGAGAAGCAGGUGCAGAGGCAACGACAGUUCCUGGAGAAACUCGAAAGCAAGGGCUUCCACUACAAGAUAAUAAAGGACCAGAAGAAGGUGUUCUUUGGAAUUCGUGCUGACAGUAGGAUCUUUGACCUGUACCGGACUCUUCUCAUGAAGCCCGAAGAUCCUGGUCCCAGAGCCAAACUGAGCAAUAUUAACUCCAUCCCAGUUACCACAAGGAUCCGAAUUGUGAGCUUCAUCGUCAACAACAAGGCAAAACCCGGUGAUACCUUUGAGGAUCUAGUGAAAGAUGGGGUGUUUGAGACCAUGUUUCCUCUGCACGAGGGGGAAAAAGAACUGAAGAGAAAAUGGGCCCGAUGGAGAAACAUGUUCCGGAAACAGCCGAUUGAUGACAUUAGGAACUACUUCGGCGAGAAGGUGGCCCUGUAUUUCGCCUGGCUUGGCUGGUACACCUAUAUGCUGGUGCCUGCUGCUGUGGUGGGCCUCAUCAUCUUUCUGAGUGGCUUCGCCCUGUUUAAUUCCAGCCAGAUCAGCAAAGAGAUCUGUGCGGCAGACGACAUCUUUAUGUGCCCCCUUGGUGAAAACAGUCACAAUUACCAGCGACUCUCAGGAAUGUGCGCUUUUGCGAAGCUCACUCAUCUCUUUGACAACGAUGGCACUGUGGUGUUUGCCAUCUUCAUGGCUCUGUGGGCCACGGUGUUUCUGGAGAUCUGGAAGCGGCAGCGCGCCCGUGUGGUCUUGCACUGGGACUUGUACGGAUGGGAUAAGGAAGAGGAAGAGAUGGCCCUUCAGCUCAUCAACUGCCCAGACUACAAGCUAAAGACCCAUCACCACUCCUACCUGAGCAGCACCAUCAUUCUCAUCCUGUCCCUGUUCAUGAUCUGUUUCAUGAUUGGCAUGGCCCAUUUGCUGGUCGUCUACCGUGUGAUGGCCGCUGCUCUGUUCAGCAGCAUCAUGGAGCACCAGGUGACGACUGUCGUGGUGGUGACCGGAGCCGUGGUGCAUUAUGUAAUCAUAGUCAUCAUGACCAAGGUCAACAAAUAUGUAGCCCUGAAGCUUUGUAGCUUUGAGGAUCCCAGGACCUUUUCAGAGCGAGAGAGCAAGUUCACGGUCAAGUUUUUCAUCCUGCAGUUCUUCGCCCACUUCUCUUCUCUCAUCUACAUCGCCUUCAUUCUGGGCAGGAUCAAUGGUCACCCUGGGAAGUCCACGCGCCUGGCCGGCCUGUGGAAGCUAGAGGAGUGCCAUCUCAGUGGCUGCAUGACGGACCUGUUCAUCCAGAUGGCCAUCAUCAUGGGGCUGAAGCAAACCCUGAGCAACUGUAUUGAGUACCUGCGCCCGUGGUUUGCCCAUAAAUACCGCUUAAUGCGGGCUUAUAAACGUGGCAUUAAGCCCAAAGACCCAGACCUGGAGGAGUGGCAGCGUAACUACCGCAUGAAUCCAGUCAACACCUUCAGCCUGUUUGAUGAAUUCAUGGAGAUGAUGAUCCAGUACGGCUUCACCACCAUCUUUGUGGCUGCCUUCCCACUGGCACCGCUACUGGCACUCUUCAGCAACCUUGUGGAGAUCCGCCUGGACGCCAUCAAGAUGGUCAGACUACAGCGGCGCCUGAUUCCUCGCAAGGCUAACGACAUAGGGACCUGGCUGCAGGUACUGGAGACCAUUGGAGUGCUGGCAGUCAUUGCGAAUGGGAUGGUCAUAGCCUUCACCUCCGAGUUCAUCCCCAGAAUAGUCUACAAGUACCACUAUGGCCCAUGCGCACAGAACAGGAACUUCACAGCUGACUGCCUCGAGGGCUAUGUCAACCAUAGCUUGUCUGUCUUCUACACCAAGCACUUCCAGGACCAUGGCAAGACGGGAAGCCAAGCAAAUGUGACUGUGUGCAGGUACCGGGACUACCGAAACGACCGUGACUACAAUUUGUCUGAGCAGUUCUGGUUCAUUCUGGCCAUCCGGCUGGCCUUCGUCAUCCUCUUUGAGCAUGUCGCCUUAUGUAUCAAGCUCAUUGCUGCAUGGUUUGUGCCCGAUGUGCCCCAAUCAGUGAAGAAUAAGGUUCUGGAGGAAAAGUACCAGAUACUUCGGGAGAAAAUGUGCUUCAGUUCUAGGAGCACAGAUGUGUAGACAACCUGAGGCAGUGGAGAAAUGCUGAUUUCCAGGAGCCUGGACUAGGAAGGAGUCCCCAUCUCUGCAGCUUGCCUCUGCCCAUGACAGUGUGUAUCUGUAUGUUGAGGGAGGCUGUGAAAGGGUCCUCGGCGGUCUACAUAUAUGUCAGUGAAAGACAAUCAUAGGAGGCCCUUGAAUAUGUGUAGGCAUAUUUGGACUCCCUAGAAACAUACGUUAUAUGUUAUAUAUGUUAACCAAGGGAGACUCUUGGAUAUGUAGGGGGUCACUGGAAUUCCAUGUAUAUUUGAGGGUAUUUAUGAUCGGCACAGAUGUGCCUGUGGAGUUUGUUCUAACUUUCCUAGGGUUCGAAUGUGUCACAGACCUGACUUGAAACUCUUCAGUGACCCUAGUACCCAUAGAACUUUAGGCUGCUCGUAAGAUCCCACUGUAGUAAAAUUAGCCCGAGUUCCACGGACCUCCUGGCUUCUGGGCCCCAGAUCCUGCUCUGUGGUCUCCUACUUGGUGGGAAGCCCAGAGACUAACUUCUGCCCCCCCCCCCCGCCCCCCAUUAGCUGGA